CGGUGUAGGUAUAUUUUAUCGCGGAUUUAUUCCCGGUCACACUGGUACGAAAAUAAAUAGUAAAAAACAUGUCUAGGGCUACAAAAUUACAUAAAACAAGCUGGUGUGCCCUAAGGCAAUUCCAGCAAUACAGAACUAAAGCAAACUUUUCCGCGUCGAUUGCCUCUCGGAAUGAACUGUUUGCACAGGAGCAGCGCCGGCAACGGGACGCCGUUGGCCGUAUUGACAAGAUCGAGGUUCGUUAUUUGGGCUUGCCCGAGGAUGUGACUCUGGUGAUGAACAACCAUAUCUCCACGCCAUUCAACUGUGCUCAGCACUUGAGUGAGGGACACUGCAGACGCUCUGCUCUGGCCCUAAUCGAUGGUAGUGUUCCGUGGGAUAUGCACCGGCCCCUGCAGGAGUCGUGCACCUUGCAGCUGCUCAACUUUAAUGUCUCCGAGCCGCAUGUGGUCAACAAAGCCUUCUGGCGUACAUGCAGCUUCAUGCUGGGCGCUGCUUUGACGCGGGCAUUUAAGACGGAAGCGAACCUCCAAUUGCACAGCUUCCCGGGACCAAACAUCAAGUCUGGUAGCUUUAUCCACGAUAUCGUGCUAGAGACCCAAAACUGGCAGCCAUCGAAGUCGGAAAUGCGAGCCAUCUCGGCUGAAAUGAUCAGACUGGCGGCCCAGGAUUUGCGCAUCGAACGCUUGGACGUUCAGCAAGAGAUUGCCCAGGAGAUUUUUAAGGAUUCUAAAUACAAGAGCGAACAAUUGCCGAGUAUCGCGCAACAGAAUAAUGGGCGAGUGAGUCUGUACCGCCUGGGGGACCACAUUGACAUCUCACGUGGUCCCAUGGUGGCCUCCACUCACUUCCUAGGCAAGUGCACUGUCUCGGCGGCCCACAAGUUAGCCGAUGAAGGGUCAGCAGGAGCCUUCUAUCGCAUCCAAGGCGUGGCCCUGCCUUGUGGCUUCAAGUUGAGUCACGUUGCAUAUGGCUUGCUGGAGGAGCGAUCGCAGAAGCUGAACCCCGCUCGCUUGCCCCAUGAACCUUUUGAGGAGCAACAACAAUUGCAGUUAUCUUAAACAGAUCUUUAAUCGAUAAAAGCUAUACAAUAAGUGUUAACAGGUAACUCAUUAAAGAGCAACUAAUUCGUUAUUAAACGGGG